GAGGAAGUGACGGUUGCAGAGAGAGCACAGAGCUCUUGCUCAAUUGCUUCGUCUGCUUCUACCAUGUGAAUGAAGGACUGGAAUCCACAAGACUGUCUCCAUGCCACCUCCAGUUCAUCACGGGGAGGAUGAUGACUGGUUGUUGGCACAAAACACCUCCUUAUGGUCUUCUUCUUCUUCUGGAACAAACAGGGGUGAGAGUCACAACAAGACGUUCUUCCCAAUCUAGAUACUCUAGCAAGAGCACAGUCAGGAACCAGCGGUGUGGUAAGAAACACGAAGAUAUGUGUUUGUGGAGACGCCUUGCACUUGCACUGGCACGAUGCAGGUUUGCGGAUGUUCAUUUCUGACAGCGUGUGAGGUAGUGCACUUAGAAAAUUUACGUCCGGCUGUUGAAGGUCCGAGAAGAUUUAGCGGGUUUGAGAGCAGAACAGUGUGACUUCAAGAGUUCUGCCUACAAGAGUUCACUAUCCGACUCCUUUUAGAGUCAUCCAUGGUAGACACACCAAGUCUAGACACAAAAAAAACCACUAAAUAUCGCAUCCCUCGUACCUGAUACGAGAAAAACACUUACAUGUUGUACAACCAUUAUGCCUGUUUAUCAUGUACAGUUUAUAUGAUCACUUGAAGCAGAAGUCUCAUGAUAUACAACGAUUUGUUAGGCAUGAGACUGUGGAGGAGAUCACUUUGUUCAGGAAGGUCAACUGCCCUGGUGGUGGUAAUCCUUAUGAGCACCUUUAUCAUCUUUGACUUUUACACGCACCAGCUAUUUUCUAAUUGGUCCAAUUCUUUGUCUUUCGAUUUCUUGAUCGGUGCAAAUAAGGAUGUGUCUCUUAUCAGCUCCUCUGAGCAGAUAUCUUUAGAAUCAAAGAGCAUCUUGCAAACAGGUGAAAAAAUAGUGGUUACAAAUCAUGAAAUUCAAUCACAGCUUGAGGUACAUGAAGAAGCACACGAGCUCCAGGACCAACUCGAAGCUGAAAUUGCAACUUCAGAGAGAGGUUUAGAUGUGAUUCCUCAGAUGAAAGAAAAGCCAAACAACAAGGACCAUCUUCCAAGACUGCCCGCUGAUUGCGGCUAUCUACCUGAACAACAGGAAGGAGGUAGAAACGGAUCAGAUCUUACAGAUUUGAAACAUGAAGGAGAAGGUUAUCUUUCUCCCAUCACAGCUGCAAAUACAAGUAUUCCCGAACUGACGAAUGUCCAGAGAGUAGAAUUGGACUUACUGCGAGCUCGGGCAGCCUUUAGACGAGUCGCUUUGAGUCUAAUGAAUAACGGAGAUAGAGUUGAAGAGAUCUGCGACAGUAAAGUGAACCAACCUCAAGGGCAAGCAUACAAGAAUGCGUGCUUGUUUCAACGGAGCUACCAAGAGAUGGAAAAUCGAUUCAAGAUCUACAUCUACGAGGAGGGUGAGGAGCCAUUGGUACAUGACGGACCAUGCAAGGAAAUAUAUGCUAUCGAAGGACGAUUCAUACAGGAACUUCAUGACAACAAUCCUUACGUGACUUCAAACCCUGAAGAAGCUCAUGUGUACUUCCUGCCAUUUAGCGUGGCAAACAUGGUCACUUACCUUUACAAACGAGAUUCUGGCGACAUGUCUCCUCUUCUCAGAUUCGUGCAGGACUAUACUCAAGUUGUUGCAAAAAAGUAUCCUCAUUGGAACAGGAGCGAAGGUGCUGAUCACUUCAUGUUAUCUUGUCACGACUGGGGCCCUCAUGUCUCGAGAGUCGACAAAAACCUGUUCUCAAAAACCAUCAGGGUACUUUGUAAUGCGAACACAUCGGAGGGCUUCGUUCCUUUCAAGGAUGUAAGCUUACCAGAAGUACAUCUGGUGGGAGGCGAGGUCCCAACAGAUUUAGGAGGGCUUCCAGUGUCAAAAAGGACCUUCCUUGCUUUCUUUGCUGGAGCAGAACAUGGACCCGUUCGUCCACAACUAUUCAAAUAUUGGGAGCGGAAGGAUUCUGAUAUAGUUGUCCGCCACAGAUUGCCUGCUAGAGGGAUAACGUAUCAUGAAUACAUGAAGAAUAGCAAGUUUUGCAUCUGCCCGGGAGGUUACGAAGUCAAUAGUCCACGCUUGGUGGAAGCUAUAUACAAUGACUGUAUUCCAGUGAUCAUAGCCGAUAGGUUUGUUUUGCCUUUUAGCGAUGUCCUGGACUGGACUGCAUUCUCUCUGCAAGUCCUGGAGGAGGAUAUUCCUAAAUUGAAGGAGCUUCUAGAAGCUGUGCCUAUGGAGACACUCGUAAGAAUGCAGGAUAGAGUCAAGGAGAUUCGCAAACAUUUUCUUCUGAACCAGCCACCUGAAAGAUACGACCUUUUUCAUAUGAUUUUACAUUCAGUGUGGAUGAGGCGAUUGAAUAUUCGAAUUCUGGAAUGAGAUAGUUACAACUUUUUUCUCGGACAUCCAGCUCAGGACUACAAUCUAGACUUCUUCGUGUGUUUGCACAUGUAUCUUCGCUGUGUGUUGCACUGACUGAGGCUU